GACAUUAGGGAAACGUUGCGUCACCUCGCACUAACGAGGUCGUCGUCGCGCGAACAAGUCGCGCGCGUGCCUCACGGGGCAAACAACAGAGCGGGAACAAUGGGGUUAGGAAGCUUCCGAUGGCGCCUCGUGAUCAUAUUCCUUGUCAGUUUGUUGCUCUGGCAGACCUCGAAGAUCUGGUUGGCGUUUUUGGAAGACGGCGCCGCCACGCAAGAAUUUCAGGCGGACCAAGCGGUAACGUCGGCGAGUCUGAAGGAUGAUUCAAACGAGCAAAAGGUACAAGUGGCCGUGUAUUACGAAGCGUUGUGCCCGGAUUCGCGCAGCUUCGUUAUACGGGAAUUGGGACCGACGUACACCAAACUUAAGGACAACAUAGAUGUUGUGCUGGUGCCAUACGGAAAGGCUCAGACGACGAAAUCGAACAAUGAAUACAAAUUCACGUGCCAACACGGGCCCGUCGAGUGUCAAGCGAACAUGAUACACGCGUGUUCGAUCGACGUCAUUCAGGACCCGACGAUACGGUUGCAGUUCGUCACUUGUAUGAUCGAGAGCAACACCGAUCCGACGGGGAGAUUGAAAAUCUGCGCCGAACGGAUAACCGUCGAUCUGGAGUCCAUCACAAAGUGCUCGGAAACAAACAGGGGAAAGGAACUCCUGGCCAAGUACGGAGAGAUGACGCACUCGCUCGUGCCGUCGGUGUCUUUCAUACCGACGAUCACUCUCGAUGGGAACUCCGAUCACCAGGCACGAAUAUUGAAAAACUUGAUGAAGGAGGUUUGCGUGCGCUUUAAAGUCACGCCGAAGCAAUGUGUGCCGUGAAUGAAUGUCACACUAACGAAUCAUAUCUGUGUAUCAUCGAAAUUUGUUAUUUACGUUGCACGCGUUAUAAAAAAGAUGAUAAAUAAUAUAUUUUUAAAAAAAUUCUAUCUCAGUGUGUUUUCAUUGCUAAAUGAAAAAUCUCCGUAUCUCAGAGUCCGAUGUCUCGGUGGCUACACCGAUGAAAUCGAAAUGUGCGGUUUCAAUUCAUAUGCGCGCCGAACGAUUCGUUUGCCACCGAUGCACAAUAUAAUUGCCAGUUAUAUAACUCGAAAGCCCGCUCGUUAUUGCUCGUCGUUGUCGGGGAGAUAAAAUUGCUUGUAUUAUAAAUAAACAUCAGUUUGCUCCUAUAUGAGUAUAUAGGAACAAUUUAUUAACUUAAUAUAUCAACAUUUUUUUUUUUUUUUUUAUACAAACUGUGCCGCUUUUAUUUUAAUGUACGACAAGAAGUGAGGAAACGUCUUUGAAUUACGGCAGAGGGAACAUACUUACAUACACUAGAAACAAUGUUUCAAUUAGACUCUGAAAAUUUAAUGAGUAUUAUACCGAAAUUGAUUGCGGAAUACAAUCGUACAAAGGAAAAAAAAGUGAAAAUAGAAAAACACCUACAGAGCAUUCUCGUGUUAAUAAUAAUACACUUUGACAGAAUAAAAAGUCUCAUUUUUGCAACGCACAACGUUAUCUCCUUGCUUUUUAGUUGUUGUUGAAGCAACAAACUUUUUUGUAAUUAGCGCGGGCCGAACGAAAACUUAACUUCCUCUCGACCUUAAGUUUAAAAAUGUGUAUACAUAUAUGUAUAUAUAUGUAUAUACAUAUUGAAAUAAAUAUAACGCUCGGUGGAGAGGCAAUAUUAUUACGUGCUCGGCGUAAUCUGCGCAAACAAGUGUGAUGUAUAUAAACGAUUUCGUUUUUUUUCUUUUUUUUUUUUUUAAGAACAACAACGUGUGUAUUUCAAUAACAAAGAUCGAAGGGAAUCGCUAAAUUAAAUAUUUA